GGGGCUUUUUGUGUGUCUUGUUUCUUCGCAAACUGUACGCGCGCCCCCGGCGCUGUUGUUCUGCGGCGGCCGCGCGCCCGUCGUGUCACGUGACCGUAGUCUGCUCGCUGCUGGGUUGAGGGAAGCGUGUUAGCAGAUUUUUCUAUUUUGUACAUACAUUCUUUUGUAUAUACUGUAUAUGAUGACCUCGCUGGGCGGCGACCGGGCCCGGGGCACUCGGGAGAAGGUGCUGCCCACAUCCACACAGACCACACAGCCACAGAAACAGCUUCAGGCUACAGCCGAACAAAUCCGACUUGCCCAGAUGAUUUACGAUAAGAAUGAUGCCGAUUUUGAAGAUAAAGUCAACCAGCUCAUGGAGGUGACUGGUAAGAACCAGGAUGAGUGCAUGGUUGCUCUUCAUGACUGUAAUGAGGAUGUCAACAGAGCCAUCAACUUCCUGUUGGAGGGGACCUCUGACACAACCUCUUGGGAGACGGUGGGCAAGAAGAAAAGCCUGGGAAAGGACGCCAUUUCCUCAGAGAGCAAGGAGAACAAGGAGAAUCGGGAGAAAAAAGGCGAGAAAGAGAGCAACAGGGCUCGUGGAGGAGCAAACCGGAGAGGAAAGGGCGGGGCCAGUCGUAAUCGGCCGGCGAGGGUUGAGGAGAACGGAGUAGAACCUGCAUCUGUGGAGAAAGGAUCUGACCGUGGCCGCAGAGGGAAAGGACGAGUGUCUGGAGGCAGAGGGAGAGGGCGAGCCUCAGGUGCCAGCAGGUUCACAGCACAGGGAAUGGGGACCUUUAACCCAGCGGACUACACUAUGGACAGUGGCACGACCAACUCGCACGCUGACGUCUGGGAAUCGGGGACCAAUGAUGCCACAGAUGGUACAGUGGCGUGGCGCAACACUCUGGAAGACUGGGCAGCUGAAGACUGGACUGAGGAUGUGAGCCUCUCAGAGACCAAAGUGUUCACCUCUUCAUGUGCACCUCCAGCUGAAAACCAUAUCACCCCUGGCCAAAGUCUGGACCUGGCAUCUCUGCUGCAGAAGCCUGCUGGCAGGGAGGAGUUGGAGAACCUGAAGUCGCCCUCGUCUCAAGGGCUUGGACACAGCCUGGUCUUCACCAACUCCCACCACCAGCCCACACGCAACGGAGGCACCACCACUGGCACUACCAGCUACGCACAUGCCACACUGUCCUCAGUUCUGGGUUCUGGAUUUGGGGAACUGGGUGGCCCUAAGCUGGGACAGACCGCUGGACAACAAAUACUGGAGCAACUGAAGGGACCAGGUCUUGGGCAGCUUACCUCUCAGCCUCCUAGCUUGGGGGACAACUGUGCCCCUGGAGGAGGCCUGGGGGGUACAGGGAUGUCUGUUCCCUCUUCAUCCUGGGAUAUCAAACCCCCUGGAACACAGAACUCUGCUUCACUGCCCUCCCAAUUCAGUCGGGAGUUUAAGAUGCAACCAGAGCCUUCAUUGGUGCUAAGUCAGCUGAGCCAGCGGCAGCAGAGCUCUCUGAGCAACACGGGGUCUCUACCGCUGGCAAGGCAGCCCAGUCCUCCAGCACAGAAUGGCCCGUCAGCCAACCAGGCUACAAUGGAGGCCUUUUCUAAAGCACCAGAGCCUUCUCAGACUCACGUGGCCAAUCCGCAGGUUGCAGAUUUGCAGGUCAGCAGCACGCAGCAUCGGCAGAUUAAGACACAGAAACGAAGGAUAGCUCCCACUUCCAAGAUUCCAUCCACUGCGGUGGAAAUGCCCGGCUCAGCAGACGUGUCUGGGCUCAAUGUGCAAUUUGGCGCUUUGGACUUCGGCUCGGAGACGGCUUUGCCAGACUUCAGCCAAACGGAGAACUGCAACAGUGAAGCUACACGAGAAGCCCCCUUACCUGUUCCUCAGACUCAAAGCAGCCUCUAUUCCAAACCUAUCAGUGAAUCUCUGGCCAGUCCUGUCUCAUUGCUGCUGCCCCUGGCCUCUUCUGACAGUAUCUACCCACCUCCCUCUGUGCCUCUGCCCAGUCUUGCUCCCUCUCUUACUACUCCCAGUGCUGCCUCUGUGCCCACCUCUACCUCCUCAUCCUCCUCGUCCUCCUCUUCAUCUUCAUCGGUGGCGUCGUCAGCUGGGAACAGCUUUGACUGCGGAGUGGCUCCUCAUUCACGACUGAAUUUCUCCCAGAACAAGGAGUCCUCUGGACCUGUGACAAAUGGUUUUAAUGGUGUUAGGACCUCUGUUGCUCUAGACUCUACAUCAAGUUCUUCCACUCCAAAGCCAGAGUCUCCGUCUUUAGGCAGUAGCACCGGUGUUGCACCUUCUGCCCCAUUGUCUCUGUUGCCCUCAACAGUUACGCCCCACAGCUCAACUCUAUCCAGCCUGGCACCUGAGCUGCCCUCUGCAACCCUCCCAUCUCUCAGCAGGGAUGUGAGCAGUGGUCAUUCCUCAGUAUCAGCUCUUGGCACCAGCUCUUCUUUAACGUACACUAAUGUGGAUAGUGUGAAUUCCUUGGCUGCGUCAUCCGCCGCAUUCUCCACAUCAAUCUCGGCUCUUUCCAGUAACAGCGUGAGCAGUGCAGGCAGCAGCAGCCUGCACUCAGCCGCUCUUGGGCUCAGUGGGAAUGGAACCAACGCACCAGCCAUUAGGGCCGCACCUCUGCUUUCUUCUUCUACUGGAAAAGCCCCCCCAAACCUGUCUCAGGGGGUUCCUCCGCUGCUACCCAAUCAGUAUAUCAUGGGGCCUGGAGGCCUGCUACCCGCAUACCCGCAAAUCUAUGGCUAUGAAGACCUCCAUAUGCUACAGUCCAGGCUACCAAUGGAUUACUAUGGAAUCACAUUCCCAGGACCCACUGCAACCUUGUCCAGUAGAGAUGGGAGCCUAGCCAAUAAUCCUUACUCAGGUGAAGUGACGAAGUUCGGCAGGGGCGACUCCACCUCACCGGCACCCCCUACUACCCUGUCAGCAGCUCACGUUCCCCAGGCAGCUCAGCCCCCACAGGCGCAGAGCCAAGGCCAGAACCAGCCUCAGCCGCAGGCCCACCACAGCGCCCAGCAGGCCUUUCUUAACCCAGCUCUGCCCCCUGGUUACAGCUACACAGGCUUACCCUACUAUCCAGGGGUGCCCGGCAUGCCCAGCGCCUUCCAGUAUGGUCCCACCAUGUUCGUACCUCCUGCUUCUGCUAAGCAGCACGGCAUGGGCCUGAGCAACCCCUCCACACCAUUCCAGCAGCCCAGUGGUUACAGCCAGCACACCUUUAGCUCAGGGUAUGAUGACCUGACACAAGGCCCAGCAGGAGCAGAGUACAGUAAAGGCUACAGCAACAGCUCUCAGACACAAGCCAAAUCUGCUGCUUCUGGCCCAGGAAAAGGUGCCAAAACAUUCAUAUUUUUCAAAACCUUUAAAUUUGAUCUCGCACGAGAACAUAUCAAUAUUUCCUAUCGCAUCUCCACAGGUGUCUCAGUGACGUCCAGUAAUUCUGGUGUUCCUGAUAUCAGCGGAACUGUUUACAACAAGACUCAGUCCUUUGAUAAACAGGGUUUUCAUGCUGGCACACCACCUCCGUUCAACCUGCCCUCGGCUCUAGGGGGCACCGGACCCCUGAACCCUGGCGGAGCCCCUGGUUAUGCGCCAGCUCCAUUCCUGCAUAUCCUGCCUGCUCACCAGCAGCCUCACUCUCAGCUGCUGCACCACCACCUUACCCAGGAUGGACAGGGUGGGCCGAAUCAGAGGAACCAGAGCAGCAGCAUGCAGCAGAAGACCCAGGUCAACAAAUCCAGCUACGGCAGCUCUCCCUAUUGGGGCAAUUAAACAGCGCGAGAGCCAUUCGGCCGUCUCACGCACACCAAGUUACUGGCCCAUUCUGACCAGAGCAGAGGAAGCCCCUCUGCACUGCGGCAAGCUAAAAACACACAUUUGUGUGCACACACCCUACCCACACACACUACCAUCUCCCAUCCCAUAGUUCUCAUCCACCCCUUUUCAAAAUUUUGGCUGUUGUAUGUAAAAUAUAUUUAUGUAUGUAUUUAUACAGUAUAUAUGUAUCGGUAGAAUACGAAACGUGGUUUACGGCAUUUUUAUUUUGCUCUGAAGGACCGUUUUUCUGUUAAUUUCAAGAGGAUUAUGAUACGAGGAUGAGAACUAAGUACUAAACGGAAGGUGCAUAUUACUUGAACACGACCCAACUUCAUGACAAUGUGGGAGAUUAUUCUUUAUUUUUUUUUGUAUACAUACAUGAACUUAACGAUGGUGUACAUUAUUGCUAAGCAUCGUUCGAUGGUGAAGCCUUUUUUUAAAACUUUUUGUAUUGUACCCAUGCGCCUCAUCGACCUGUGAAUUUUUGUUACUCGAAGGGGAUUUUCAGUUCAGUGCUCCACUUUAUUUUUAAGUCCCCUUCAGUUGUGAACCCCUCCUUUAUUGUUAUUUGGCUUAAACAUGGUUUUAAAUCAUUGAUUUUACCCUUGUCGUCAAAAUAAAAUAUCCGACCAGGUCAUA